AAUUUCCAUAAAAAAAAAUAAUUGUCCAAAAAAAAAAAACAAAAGAUACAAAGCGAAAUUCAACAAGAACAAAGCUCAAAACGAACGAGGACUGGUCAUCUCUCCUCCUCUUCAAGCUCGAACCAAAUCCGAAGACCCCUCUUUGAGCCAACAAUCAGUGUAUAAGGGACUAUCCUUACAAUCAACAAUGAGUGAUCAUCUUGUUCUGUGUGUCGACCGGCUCAUAACCACUGAGACUGUGCAAUCACUUCAAGCGAGUGAGACUGAGAAGCCCUCCGGAGAGGGCUCUUCUUCCUCCUCCUCUACUUCUGAAGGUCCUCAUCAUCCAACAACUAGUGCAACUGAAGUUGAUGGUGAUGAUCAGGAUUACUUAGAGGCUGAUGAAGAAGAUCCCCUCAUUCAGAAUGUGGAAUGUCGAAUUUGCCAGGAAGAGGACAGCAUUAAGAACUUGGAAACACCGUGUGCUUGCAGUGGCAGUUUGAAGUAUGCUCAUCGGAAAUGUGUUCAGCGCUGGUGUAAUGAGAAAGGAGAUAUAACUUGUGAGAUCUGUCAUCAGCCUUACCAACCGGGUUAUACCGCCCCACCACCUGCCCCUGAGGAUACUACAAUAGAUAUAAGUGAAGCUUGGACAUUAAACGGAGGCCCUCUGGACUUGCGUGACCCUCGAAUCUUGGCAAUGGCUGCUGCUGAGCGCCAUUUGCUGGAGGCCGAUUACGAUGAGUAUGCCGAUACCAAUGCCGGUGGGGCUGCAUUCUGUCGCUCAGCUGCUUUAAUUUUGAUGGCUCUUUUACUGUUGAGGCAUGCUUUGUACCUUAACAAUGGCGAUGAUGAAGACGACGCAUCCACUUUCUUCUCUCUCUUCUUGCUUCGAGCUGCGGGCUUUCUUCUUCCUUGCUACAUAAUGGCCUGGGCUAUAAGUAUCUUACAGCGACGACGCCAGAGGCAGGAAGCGGCGGCCCUUGCAGCAACUGAAGUUGCUUUCAUGGUACAGGCGGGCCCACACCAUGGGCUGCACAUCACGGUAGAACCGGGACCAGCAGUGGCCCCUCAGCAUCAGGAGCCUCAGCCACUCCAGUCAUGAUAUCCAUUCAUCUGUUGUCUGCAUAGAUUGAGAGAUCGAACAACGCCUGUUUAAGGAAUAUACAGUUCUUUCUUGUGCUUCCAUCAGUGGGAAUGAGGCAGAACAUGUCCUGUGGCUUUUCAAGAGAAGAGGAAACGCCCUCUAAUGUAACAUCUUCAAACCUUUUUACCAAUCUUUCAUUUUCUCCAUGUUUGUACAUAUAUCAUAUCGUCAGUCUCUAUGCAGCAAGUGCAUGCUGCUGGGCAACUUGGGUAUUCGGCUUAAUAAUUUGUUCUACCAGAUUACUGUGUGUGUCGAUUAGUUUUUAAAUGCUUGAAUCACGGGUCAAAUGUGAGGCAUAUGCCGCCACAUGAGCAGUCCAUUUCCAUGGAUCCUCUGUAUGUCAAAUGUAAUCUUCAAGCUUGUAUCAAUGAAGGACUAGCCGAAAGGCAACGAAGAAUUCUCAUUUUUCCUCUUC